UGUACACACGAUUUGCGGCUAAGCCAGGCAGCAGCAGACCAGCAGUAACAGCACCUUCAGUCAUUGUGAGCGUGGGCCUUAACAGCGCGAGCGAGCACAACACGCACCUCAGUUCUACUCGAACAUUUGUCACUUACGGGCCGGGGCCGCGUCGACGAUUCGCGUAAAAGACGGCGAGGACGACGUUUAGUUUUUCUCCAACCAUCGGUAGUAGUGUAGUACCGAGAGUGUGUACGUUGAUACACAUAGAUAUAGGGAGCGAAGAGAGUAAUAAAGUGUGCGCCCAAGAACAUUUCGGUUUUUAAUUCCUUUUUGUUUUUUCAUUGACGAAGAAGAAAAUUGGAUUUACGAAAAGUGCUUUUUCUUGAAAUUGAGUUUUUACGUGUGAAAAAUCCAGAUAAAUUUGUUCGGUGCUUGAGCUGCUGAAGGGUGUUAUCAAGAUGUAUCUCGAAAAUGAAAACGCCGCCAAUCAUGAAGAGGAGCCCGCCGUGGCGACCAGCGCGUACUCUACCUCGCCGUCUCGGACGUGCCAGAACGAGAACAACAACUAUCGGUCCAACUGCGGCCAGACCGCAGCCGAGAUGAGCGACGCCAAAACGCCGCUGCAGACGUUUUACGCGGGACAAACCGUGUUCCUGACGGGUGGAACCGGCUUUCUCGGCAAGGUCCUCGUAGAAAAGCUCCUGAGAAGCUGCCCAGAUGUAAAACGCAUCUACAUACUCGUGAGGGACAAGAGGGAUGUCAGCGUAAAGGAUAGAAUGGCCAAAUACUUCGACGAUGCCGUCUUCGAUCGUCUCAAGAAGGAAAUACCAUUAGCCAAAUUUCAACACAAACUCGCGGCCGUCGCGGGCGAUUGCUGCUACGAUGGCCUGGGACUUUCUACCUCCGAUCGAGAGCUGCUGAAGCGCGAGGUAUCGAUCGUCUUCCACGUUGCCGCCACCGUGAAAUUCGACGAGAAGCUGAAGCUCGCCGCGGCCAUCAACACUCAGAGCACCGCCGACAUGCUCGAGCUGUGCAAAGAGAUGAACAACUUAAAGUCUUUCAUGUACGUAUCGACGGCCUACUCCAACUGCCAUUCCCACGACAUCAACGAGAGAUUCUACGAGAAUCCGCUGGGCGCCGACGCCGUGUUGGCCAUCGCUCAGAACAUGCCCGAAGAAUUGCUCGACGUCAUCAGUCCACAAUUGAUCGCCCCAUGGCCCAACACCUACACCUUCACCAAGGCACUGUCGGAGGAUCUGCUCCGAAGAAAGAACCAGAGACUGCCAAUGGGCAUCUUCAGACCUGGUAUUGUCAUCUCCACGGCCAAGGAGCCCAUGCCCGGCUGGAUCGACAAUUAUUACGGGCCCACGGGCAUCGCCGCCGGUGUCGCCUCGGGCCUGCUGCGCACCAUGCACUGCGACCCUGCGGCCAACGCCAACAUCGUGCCCGUCGACUUCACGGUGAACGCGCUGCUCGCCGCCGCCUGGGACGUCGCCAUGCAGAACGACCGCAGAGACGACGAGAUGCUGAUCUACAACUUCAUCUCGACCAACGACGCGCCCAUCACCUGGCAAGACUUCCGCAGGACCAAUCUCAAGUUCGCCAACGACUAUCCGCUGAGCAAGGCCAUCUGGUAUCAGUCCUUCAGCAUGAAUCCCAAUCGGCUCUGGCACAACGUCAGCAAGGUGCUGUUCCACUGGGUGCCCGCCUACAUGUACGACGGCCUGGCCCUGCUCACCGGCCAGGAGCCCAAGAUGCGCGCCAUGUACGAGAAGGUCCACAAGAUGUCCGACGUCGUCUCGUACUUCAGCACGCGCGAGUGGAACUUCGCCAACGACAACGUCCACGCCAUGUGGAAGCGCCUCGACGAGGCCGACCGCGAGCUCUUCGGCUUCGACAUGAAGAACUUCGACUGGCGGACGUACUUCAGCACCUACAUCAAGGGCAUACGCGUGUACCUGCUCAAGGACGGUCUGGAGACGCUGCCCGCCUGCAAGAGGAAGCUCAUGAUGUUCUAUCUGGGCCACAUGCUGCUCAGGCUUCUGCUCACCUCCGCGGGCGCAUACGCCGCUUUCAAAGCCUACAUGCUGGCCACGAGAUGAAUCGAUAGUUGAUUUUUUUUUUCAAUUUUUUUCCCCCAUUCAUCGCAUUAAUGUUUUUUUUUAACAAUACCUCCCUCUCUCCGACGAACGUGACGGACUUUGAAUUUAUUUUUUAUCGAUGAAAUUUGUUAUACGUUGAUCCAUUGAGAAAGGAAAUAUAGAGCGAGAGAGGCGCUGCGUCGAGCCGAAAGAAACGUCUGAACUUAUAGUGCCCAGAUAAUAACACCCGAUAGGCAGUAAUAUGGUUCUUUUAACUUUUUAAUUGUUAAUUUUAAUUUUUGGUUCGGAAGUGUGUGUGGCAGCUAUCAUAACAAGGGGGCAAAGAGUCGCAUAAGCUUUGGGUAAAUUCGAGCCGUUGAAACAGGAAUGCAAGCACUCGACGACGAUCUUUGCAUCGUUCAAACCAUCGAUGAAAAUUGUUGUAUGCUAAUCCAUUUAGAUAAGAACGAGUGCAAAACUGUGCCGAGCCAUAUACAAUUACUAAUUAUCGUGCCCAGGUUACAUGGCUGUUUUAACUUUUUUUUUUUUAGAUAACUUCAUUAUAAAAAAAAACUUGAUACAUGCAACAAUUAUCCAUUUUUUUCAAGUGGAAUUUUAUCAACAUUCGGUCGACUGGUUCCAGGCUAGUUUUAAAGAUUUUGAAUGUAGAAUUUAUAUUUUUUUCUCGGCGUCGAUUUCCGUAAGCCUGGAAUCAGCUGGACACAGGCAAGUUCAUACGCCUGUGGCCAGAAAAAGCCGCAGAUCUAGUUUUAAAGUAUAAAAUAUAAAUGCGAGGUCCAUUUAAUUCAUAAGAUAUUUUAUAUGCAAGAAUUAAUAUAAAAUAGCUUAAACAUUUUUUUUUAUUAAUUUAAGAAUUCACUAAAAUCUUUUAACGUUAGAAGUAAGAACCUGUUUUUUAUUUCACGCUUUUUCCAUACUUUUUUUUAAUGUAAGCGCUGGUAUUGAAGCAUUUCGUUACUGGUGCCUAAGAAAUGUCUAAGAUAUUAAUUGAUUAGCUAUUUUAAUCAUGAAAAAAAAGGAAUUAUUUGCUUUGCCAUUUUUAUGGCGAACUUCGGUGGUAUUAAACUACGAGCAGUAGAUUUACGAAAUGUUUCUUUUAAAUUUUAUGAAGCAUCGUACCGAGGAAUCGCAUUUGCAAUGUAUAGAUGCACUAAAUAAACACAAACUCUGAUUCUCAUGAUAGUUACGCGCCAUUUCCCCGUGUAUUUUGUGUAUUUAUUUAUUGUCGACACGAUUCUCCCGUAGAUUCUCUUAGACUUCUAAGAAUGGGAUCGAUUUUUACAUCGAACUUGAAAAAAAUUUUGUUAAAGAAUGUAAAUACGAUUAUAUUAAUAAUGCAACAUAGAGUAUACUUUACGAUACUUAUAUGACUAUAUAUCAAAUGUACUCAAUUAGAUUUCAAAAAUUGAUAUCGCAAAAAUAAUGUAAAUUCGCAUUAUACUACAUUUGUCAAUACUCUAUUAUAUAUUGAAAAAA